GGCGGGCAGCGGAAGGAAGGCGGCGGCCAUCUUUAGUGCCGGCAGGAGCCGAGCCGGGGUCCCGAUGCCGGCGGAGAAGAUGGCGGUGGACGGGCCCGAGCAGAUGGAGAUGGACGAUGGGAAAGGUGGCACAGGGCUCCGGCAGUACUACCUGUCCAAGAUCGAGGAGCUACAGCUCAUUGUGAAUGAGAAGAGCCAGAACCUGCGGCGCCUGCAAGCACAGAGAAAUGAGUUGAACGCUAAGGUGCGCCUGUUGCGGGAGGAGCUGCAGCUGCUGCAGGAGCAGGGCUCCUAUGUGGGAGAAGUGGUGAGAGCCAUGGACAAGAAGAAAGUGCUUGUCAAGGUGCACCCAGAGGGGAAGUUUGUGGUGGAUGUGGACAAGAACAUCGACAUUAAUGAUGUGACCCCAAACUGCCGCGUGGCCCUGCGCAACGAUAGCUAUACGCUGCACAAGAUCCUGCCCAACAAAGUGGACCCUCUCGUGUCCCUGAUGAUGGUGGAGAAGGUUCCGGAUUCCACUUAUGAGAUGAUCGGGGGCUUGGACAAGCAGAUAAAGGAGAUCAAGGAAGUGAUCGAGCUGCCCGUCAAGCACCCUGAGCUUUUUGAGGCGCUGGGGAUCGCCCAGCCCAAGGGCGUACUGCUCUACGGACCCCCCGGAACAGGCAAGACCUUGCUGGCCAGGGCUGUGGCCCACCACACCGACUGCACCUUCAUCCGUGUGUCGGGCUCCGAGCUGGUGCAGAAGUUUAUUGGCGAAGGUGCCCGCAUGGUGCGGGAGCUGUUUGUGAUGGCCCGGGAACAUGCUCCCUCCAUCAUCUUCAUGGAUGAGAUCGACUCCAUCGGCUCCUCCCGCCUGGAGGGGGGCUCUGGCGGGGACAGCGAGGUGCAGCGCACGAUGCUGGAGCUCCUCAACCAGCUCGAUGGCUUUGAGGCCACCAAGAACAUCAAGGUGAUCAUGGCCACGAACCGGAUCGACAUCCUGGACUCAGCUCUGCUGCGCCCUGGCCGCAUUGACAGGAAGAUCGAGUUCCCCCCUCCCAACGAGGAGGCUCGCCUGGACAUCCUCAAGAUCCACUCCCGGAAAAUGAACCUGACACGGGGCAUCAACCUGCGGAAGAUUGCAGAGCUGAUGCCAGGGGCGUCAGGCGCAGAAGUGAAGGGGGUGUGCACAGAAGCUGGCAUGUACGCGCUGAGGGAGAGACGGGUGCACGUCACACAAGAAGACUUUGAAAUGGCUGUUGCCAAGGUGAUGCAGAAGGACAGUGAGAAGAACAUGUCCAUCAAGAAGCUGUGGAAGUAACGGUGAGGCUGGGGCUGCUCCUUGGGCAGCGUUGUCUCUAUAAUAAAGUGCUGCUAAUGGCCACAUCUGGGUGCUGAUUUGGAGAAGGGGGGGGGGGGCUGCAGGACUCCAGCACACGCACACAGGGAGCUGCUGCUAACUGGUUUUAUUAGAAAAUAUCCAAAAUAGACAAAAAAUGGUUACACAAGAGGCAGAGCAGGCACCCCUGAGCCGUACACCCUGGGAAUAUGUAAACACCCCCCCCCCGCCUGUGACCACCCGGGGUU